UUCGCUUUUUUCCUUUCUCUCUCUUACCCACUGUUUUCUCUCAUUCGCCUGAAAACCUCUUCACCGGCCGGAAAAUUUAUACUAUUUCCGGCGAUUUUUCACCGCUAUGGGGAGGAUUACUGUUUCCUCCUGAUUGAGCUGGUUACAUUACUCAAUUUUCUAAGUUUGGUCGUAGAAGGCUUUGGAUUUCUCGGAGACCUGGUUUCUACCUUCUACUCGCCGUUUUGGGAGAAUGUGGCGAGGCUGAAUAUAUUUCACGAGUCGGUCUUAGUCUCCAGGACGGUGAUCUAGGGUUUGACUCGGCGAUUUGGAUUCGUGUUUGUUUAAUUGUUUUUUUUCUGUGAAGUUUUUCUUCCGAGUAAACGAAGACGGAGCGUUAUAGGGAACGACUUCGUAAUGGAGUGGUAGGUCGAUCGUGCUUUCUGGACAUUUCUUCUGUGUAAUUUUGGUGUUUUGAUCAACUACAUUUAUUCAAACUCUGUGAUAUGCGUUUUGUUCUGGCUUGCCGUUCAGAUCCCGGGCAUUGUUCCAUCUCAGGCGGUUCGGACUCGAUUGGUCGUGCUUUGUUUAUGUUACCGUGAAUAUGAUUUUUCCAGUAUCACUUCCUAAUUUGAUUUUUCCCGUGUUUCUUUACAUAUACUGUACAAUUCUUGCCUUUUAAUUUUUCUAUUUGGUUAGAGAUUCGGAACUCGUCUCUGAAAUUUUUAAGGAAAAUAAAAAUAAGAGAAAGGGACUCGUGUGUUAUUUCUCCCCGUAAUUUAGAGGCUUAUGUUCUGUCAAGGAUUAAUAGAUUAAUAAUGCUUUUGUCUAGAAAUUCUUUUCUUCUUGGAAUAUAUUGUACUGGUUCAUUGCAUUCCGUGAAGAGGUUCGAUACCACCUUUUGUUUAUUUGGCUUAUUUUAAGGUGGGGGAAUGAUGAUGUUGAGAAGAGGACACUGUUCAAAUUUCAGCGCGUGCAUCCGUUGAAUUUUCAUAUAUGUUUAAUUAGAAAAUAAUUUUCUGUUAACCAUAUUUGGGGUUUCGCUUCGCGAAAUUCCGAUGUAAUUCAAAUGCUUCUGUUUGACAAAAUCUCCAAGUCGGCGUUGCGGUCAUUCAGUCGGUGGGUCAAUUUUUGUUGUCUUAACGGUUCGUACUUAAAGUUGUGACUUCCGUUUGGCCCAGGGUGGAGUCCUGACGUAACUCUUUCAUUCUAUUUAUGACUUUCGUUGCCCCACAACACACAGAGGAGGCAUCUAGUUGUUGACUCCUCAAUGGUCAUAUGCCAGAGUGAUAUAGCACUCCCCGGGUCCAUAGAUUUUUUUUUUCUUUUCUUUUAAAUUACAUUUUUCUUGGUGGGGUCGGGUUGUUUUAACUUGUUGGAUUUGGACACUUUUGAAGUGGAGAGGUGGGAGGAAGAGUACGUGAAUCUAUGGAAGCUAGAAACGGGUUAGAAUAUUUGAAACAUAAAAGGCUACAGCGAGCAAAAUCUGCUACUGCCAGUGCCACAGCAAAAAACAUUGCUAACAUGAUGAACAGAAGUGGAGGAGAUGCUCUUAGUACUUCUGCAUCCUAUGGUAUGAGGUUUCCUGGUGAUGCAAGUAGCUUUUCCCGGCGGAAGGUGGAUAAGUUUGACACAAGUGAUCUGGCAUGGACUGAGAAAAUUCCAGAGUGUCCUGUGUAUUAUCCAACAAAGGAAGAAUUUGAUGAUCCCUUGCUUUAUUUACAAAGAAUAGCUCCCGAAGCUUCUAAAUAUGGCAUAUGUAAGAUUAUUUCACCUUUGAGUGCUUCUGUUCCUGCUGGGGUUGUUUUAAUGAGGGAGCAAGCAGGGUUCAAGUUUACAACUAGAGUGCAGCCCCUUCGUCUUGCCGAAUGGGAUACCGAAGACAAAGUGGUGUUUUUCAUGAGUGGGAUAGAUUAUACAUUUCGUGAUUUUGAAAAGAUGGCAAACAAGUCUUUUGCACAAAGAUAUUGCAGUGCUGGAUGUCUUCCUGCCUCAUACUUGGAGAAAGAAUUUUGGAGUGAAAUUGGUUGUGGGAAGAUGGAAACUGUUGAAUAUGCAUGUGACGUUGAUGGUAGUGCCUUUUCAUCUUUGCCCACUGAUCAACUUGGGAACAGCAAAUGGAAUUUGAAGAAAUUUUCGUGGUUGCCCAAGUCUAUUUUGCGGCUCUUGGAGACAUCAAUUCCGGGAGUAACUGAACCCAUGCUAUACAUUGGAAUGCUAUUUAGCAUGUUUGCUUGGCACGUGGAAGAUCAUUAUUUAUACAGCGUUAAUUAUCAUCACUGUGGAGCAUCAAAAACAUGGUAUGGCAUUCCAGGUCACGCAGCAUUGGAAUUUGAAAGGGUGGUGAGACAACACGUGUAUACUAAUGAUAUUUUGUCAACUGGUGGGGAAGAUGGAGCCUUUGAUGUUCUCCUGGGAAAAACAACUAUGUUCCCACCAAAUAUUUUGUUGGAGCAUGAAGUUCCUGUCUACAAGGCUGUUCAAAAUCCAGGGGAUUACGUAAUAACUUUCCCCAGAGCAUAUCAUGCUGGCUUUAGUCAUGGCUUCAACUGCGGAGAAGCAGUGAAUUUUGCAAUUGGUGAUUGGUUUCCUUUAGGGGCUAUUGCAAGUCAAAGAUAUGCACUUCUUCACAGAGAUCCUUUGCUUCCCCAUGAAGAACUUUUAUGCAAAGAAGCAAUGCUUCUGUAUGAAACAUUAACACUUGAAGAUUCAGACAUUUCCCCUGAAGAUUUGUUAUCUCGUAAUUGUGUUAAGAUUUCUUUUGUUAAUUUGAUGCGCUUUCAACAUUGUGCUCGUUGGCUGUUAAUGAAAUCAAGGGCAUGUACAAGUGUUUCUUCACAUUCUCAGGGUACAAUUCUCUGUAGCCUCUGCAAACGGGACUGCUAUAUAGCUUAUGUUGACUGUGAAUGUCACCUGCAUCCAGUAUGCCUUCGCCAUGAUGUAGAAUCUCUUGACUUCACCUGUGGGACCAAGCGCACACUUUAUCUUAGGGAAGAUACUCCAGACAUGGAAGCUGCGGCCAAGAGAUUUGAGCAGGAAGAUGGAAUUUUGAAAGAGAUACUUAAGGAGAUGAAAAGUGAAAAAAACAUUUAUUCAUGCCCUUUGUCGAACAUGUUCCAGAUGGCUGAGGCUAAUGGAUAUACACCGUAUUGUGAGAUGAAAUUUGAUUCUACUGCUAAUAUUUGUACCACCUCAAAGCUGUCAACAAACAAUCAAGAGCAUAUGCGAAGUCAAUUUGUUUCAAGACCUGAGGUAUCUUCUGCUUCAUCUACGCCAUGUUCUCUUUCCAAACCUCCUGAGAUCUCUGCUUCCAAUAUCGACGAGGUGCAUGCUAACUUUAAAUUAGGCAGUCCUGAUUUUGAAGAGAAUUGUGAAAGAAUAUCCAAUAAUGCUUCUGAGUCUUUCCAAUCCUCUCUUCAGUAUGAAUGCCCUAAUAAAUCUAUGGGUAAUGUGCAUAGAUUAGAGAAGAAGCUUAUUGUGGAUAACAAGAGUGAUGAUUCUGAUUCAGGGAUUUUUAGGGUUAAGCGCCCUUCUUCUCUUAAGGCAGAGAGGAGAAAUAUAAGAGGUGCUACGUUUUCAACAAAUUCUGGGCAGCAGGAACUAUUGAAGAAAGAGCUUAACGAAGGAAGGAGUGUGAGCAAAAGAAAGGAAAGGAGUUACAAAUAUAGUGACGGUGUUAGUCAUAAGGUAAGAUAUAAGAAGCGAAGUAAUGAGGAAGUUAGUAGACGACGACGACAUCAUAGGUUGCUGCAUUCCAUAGAGGUUGCUCCAAAGCGCCUUAAAGCUCGGGAUUGAAUUCAGUUUUUAAGUUGACUUUUCUAACUUCAUUAAAGCUAAAUAGGCUUUCUAACAACAGGCAAAGUUAACCAUAUUCUUUAUGCAGGCCUGACAUUUGGCAAUCUGCAUGACAAGGUGAUCAUUUUUUUAUUUUUAUUUUUAUUUUUCUGAUGCAUUCUUUUUUGUAGCCUUGUACCUUGGACUACUGAAAUAAACUUCACAGAAAUUCUUCAUUUCUUCUAAUUCCUAUUCUUUUCUUUUUGUAAUAUAAUCUGCACCGUUGUCGACGAUUAGGAUAUUUUUAAUGUUAGUUUUUGUGAUGUGUAUGUCAUGAGUUACACACUUUCUCUCACAAAAAUGAUUUGGAGACUUAUUAAUGUUUAAAUUGAAAAAU